CGCUUAGAGAAAGUUUCACCCCGGAAGCAACAGGUAAAUUGCUGUGAGAGGCAGCAGCAGCGGGAGGAGGAGGGAGUUUGUGAGGGAGCAGAUCAGGUGCUGCCAACCUUUCAUUUCCCACUGCCUUUCUCUCCCGAUCAGAGCCAGGGUGGGCUCACCUGAAUGUGAGGGAGAUGGCAGUGACCCAGGAGCAUGUGCUGCACUUCAUGCUGGAGCAGAGAGGGAAGGUGAGAAAUUCUGAUCUGCUCAAAAAGUUCAAGCCCCUAGUGGACUGCCCUGAUCCCGAGAAGAAGGCACAGAACAGGGCUCGCUUCAAAACCUUUGUCAACACUGUGGCUGUGGUAAGGGAUGAGGCAGAAGGCAAGAUGGUGGUUCUAAAGAAAAAAUACAUGCAUUUGGUGACAGAGAAAGAGGGCACUAGUGGGCAAGAAGAUGAGCCCAUCCAGGCAAUGGACGGGGUAACCCAGCCUGUCAGUGUGAUCCAACACCAACCCAAGCAAAGUGCAACAGAGGAACCGGCCCCCAGCACCCAAAGGAGACAUUCUACCCAACUACUUUUGCAAGGUAGCAGUGAAGACCUGCGGCAGCAAGACAAGCAUUGUACAAUACAGAGUGAUACUGGAGAGAGCGAUGCCUCCGCUGAAAUGACAGAUGUAACAGAUCCCAGGGAAAAACCUUCAUCUGAUGAGUCCAAUGAAAUAGAGUCUGAGACAGAAUCCAAGCGAGAGACUGUGUUUGCUAUAGUGGCUCGGAUGGAUAAUGCAGGACCCGUGCCGGUCCCUAAAUCUUGGGUGGAUGCUCAACCAAAAGAGGCUGCACAGAAACCUUAUAUGCUGCCACUGAGAUGCCCACAGCCCACUGGUGGCACAGAAAAUGACCCAGAGGGCAGAAGCACUAAGGAAACCCCUGCAGUCAAUGCAGCAGUAGAGGAAGUGGCACGUCCUGUUCAGUCCCGAUCACCUCGUGUCAGUAGAAGGCAGUAUGAUGAGACGGCUACAAAAUCCCCGCAUUUAAAAAGGUCCUCCAAGAUGCAGAAAGUGUCAGAGGAUCAAAAAUACUCCGAUGUUGUCCCCUUGGAUCCCUCUGAGCACAAGUGGCUAGUGACCUCCACCAAUGGCCGGUGGAAUCACACACUCUAUGGGCUGCUCUUGUCGGAUGGAGAAUUGGUUGGAAAGAGGGACUUUAUUUCUGGUUUCACUGCUUUGCACUGGGCGGCCAAGACUGGAAACAAUGAAAUGAUGAAGAUAUUAAUUGAUAGUGUAAGUAAAAAUAAUAUGAAACUCAAUGUUAAUGUCAAGUCUUUUGGCGGGUACACGCCGCUGCAUAUUGCUGCUAUCCACGACCGCACAGACUUUAUAACCAGUCUGGUAAGAUAUUAUCAUGCUAAUGUAAAUCUCAGAGACCACAGUGGCAAAAAGCCUUAUCAGUACUUAAAGAAAGAUUCACCCCAGAAAAUCAGAAUUCUUUUAAAUGACCCCCAUGCCAUUAGCAUAGAGCAAGCUGUUCCAAUGAAAAGGAACUCCAAAGUGGCCACCUCCAUUUUGGGCACCACCAGUGCUUUCCUUGGGGUUCUCUCCGAAGAUGCUGCCCUGCAGGACCUGACAAGAAACGUUAAAAAAUCUGGCUCCUUGAACAAGUUUUUCAAUGUUCCCUCAGUUCAGAAGAAGAAACUUAAAGCAAGGGAAAGUCUACCAAUUUUCAUGCUACUGAAUGAAGAACCCGAAGAGGAGAUUGAGGAAACUAUGGGGAAGCGCAGGCCUGUUUCAGAAUAUUUUAGUCAUUAGUUCUCGUGCUGAGUGGCCUCUUAAAACAAAGGGAUUCACAUUGAACUACAACUCCCAGAAUCCCAUGCCAGCUGUUGAGUAAUGAUGAAAGUACUACUUUGACAACAGCUUAGGCUUCCCCAGGUUUUGCUUAAUAAAUAGGAUGAAAACUUGCUCAUCAUCUGCAGAAAUAUGCCCUGAGUUGGGAGGGUGAUCCAGGUGGUGGUCGUAGAACCUGUUGGUAACUACUCAGGCUGCUCUAGGUACCUGCAAUACUUUUGAGUGACUUGUUGAAAUGCACAUAAAACAUUUUUUAGAAAGUCCUGGAUAAAUUAUAGUUUUUGCUGCUAAACUCCACUUGCCAGCAUCCGUAAACCAGCGCUGACUGCUGUUGGCUGGGAGUUGUAUUUCAGCAGCAGCUGGAGUGCAGCACAUUAAGCUGUCACUGCUGUGUCGCACAUUAUGAUUAUCAGCAUUCAUUUCAAGAAUGUGAUAUUUGCAUUGUAUUGUAUAUCUAACCCCAUUUCUACCUGCAUCAUGCAUUUUGUCUGAUUCACUGAAAUACUGUUACUUCUAUAAUGUAUUAUAUGCUUACACUUGUAAUAAGCUGAUGAAUUCCACUGAUGGGUUAUAGAGAAAGAAACUGGCACAUAAGGGGUUUAACAAUACAGGAUAUAUGCCUGUUGAUUUGGGUGAUAAUAUAUGAGAAAAUAUGUAGUACCGGUAUAUGGAUAUCUUGUAAGACAUUUGAUAGGUGCUUUCAUAUUCACAUAGUAGAUAAAUAAAAGCUAACUGUUGAUAGUUACUAUGGGCAAGGCAGGCCCAGGCACCCAUGUUACUGCAUGAAUCCUUUUUUGUUUACAGACUUAUGAUACAUUCUUAUACUGGUCCUGUUUCACUUACUGGUCCCACUUAGCAAAUGGUCUUAUUUAUCAAUACUGGGCAAAUAUGCACCUGGGCAGUAACCAAUCAGAUUUCAGCUUUUUGCUGUUAUACUUAAAUAGAUAAUAGCUGGUUGUUAAGACUUACUGCCCAAGUGCAUAGUUGCCCAACAUGGAUAAAGGAGUCCCUGUAUGCUCCCAAGAAAAACUCGGUUAUGGGAGGGAUUUGCCAUCAACAUAUGUCCAAUCAGGUAAGCAGUAUGAAAGCACCUGACUUGUACACAUUAAAGUUAUCUUUGCAGCA